AUGGCUUCUCGUCAGCCGCCUGGAAGUUCGCCGGAGGGCUCCUAUUCGGAUGCUCUCGGAACUUCGAAGGAAUCGGACGAUCAGGUGCCAAUCGCUGACGGAAACCAUGAUCUCCAGCUCGACGCUUCCUACGCUUCAGUACUCGAAGAGCUCACGGAUCUUAACACUGCUCUGCAACCGCUCAAGGAGCGCCUCUUGGAGGUCGGUAAUCGAAGAGCCGUUGUUGCCGCUCGUGCUGCUCAAGAAGUCUCGGUGGAAGACGAAGUCAACACAGAAGAUCUGAUGGAUUCGACCUUGAUGUAUCUUCAUGAAUUGUAUGAUCACCUGCGAGCGUCAGGGGAGAUCGUCGAGUCUCAGCUGGUCGAUCCGGCCGUAAAUAUCCCUGUCUCGUCUGCAGUCCGCCUCCAAUCGACAAGUCUAGACCAUCAACUUUCUACGACGCCUUCAGUCCAGCACAAGUGGGCGGUUCUGGAUCCUCAGAGCGUUUCCAGGCUGUUCCCCGUCGCGGAAAACACGUCUCUUCCACCAACGAACGAAGUGCUCGCCGGGACCUCGGUACAUCCAGAGCCAGAUGCGUCGUCUCUGAACAACGAACCGGGGAAUCCGCAAAUUAGUGUCUCUCCGCGUUCCGCGUUGUAUCCGAAAACCGAAUUCGUCGGCGCGACGGUGGUUGGAAAUGUCUGCGAGCUCAAGGUUCAAGCUUCGACAAGUGCAGUCGAUGACUCUACCUCUGCGGGUGUGUCUCAGCAUGAUUUACCGGGAUCCUCUCAUAAUCCCCAAAUUCCGACUGAAUCGUCGUCGGAGCUAAUUCGCAGUCAGUCUCGAAACGAGUCGACUUCAAGCUCAACUGGCAACAAAAUGCACCCCAGUUUUGCUAAGGCAAUCAAACUGCCGAAAUUUAAUGGCGAUCCGAAGCGGUACAAAGAAUUUUCGGAUCUCUUCACCACUUUCGUGGAUUCCAAAGAUGAUACCCCUCUGGAGAAGUUUUGGAUCCUCAGGAACGCUCUAACCGGGAACGCGCUCAGCAAAAUCAGGCAUCUCAAUAUGACCGCUGAGAACUACGAAACGGCAAAAAAUCGUCUGCGAGAGGAAUUCGGUGAACCUCGACUGGCGGUGAAUAGUCGAAUUUUGGGCGACUCGGAAGUUUUAAACACGUUCUACAUGGAUGACUGUGUUUUCGGAGCAAACUCGAUCGAGGAGGCUCAACAUAAAAUUAAACUGAUGUUCAAUGUCUUCCAAGACGGUCAUUUUCCGUUGCGUAAAUGGCAUUGUAAUUCUUGUCCCCUGGGUGAUUUCAUACAAGAAAUCUCGCCAAUCGGAGCUUUAGAAAUCUAUGCCAACAAGCCGGACGCCAAGUUUCUUGGAAUCUCCUGGAAUCAACAAACAGAUAACAUUUUAUGUGUCUGUGGAAAAAGCGGUGAAGGAGCUGGACUCUGGUACUCCGUUAUGCCAACGGUCGUUCCGGCGGACAGCGUCUCGUCCCUAACGAGCCGAAGUCUUGGGGAUCCGUACCUCGAAAUCGCUUGGCUCUCUACAGUAACGCUCGAACAAUAUGAAAAACUCAUUGAACGCGAUGACUCUUUCGCUAGUUGUGUCUUGGCCUGGCUGAAAGGAUGGUUUUCCCAAAACGCAAGAGCGCUCCGAUCCGACGAAGACUACCUGCGGGGCAUCGCACUGCAUAAUUUCAUGGAGAAGCUCGACACGGGAGUGAUACUAUGCCAUCUAGCGGAAUUGAUUGUGGCUCAGUCAAUAGAUUUGGGAAGACCGAUACUCCGCAAGUGCGUUCCGGUGUUCAAUUUCAAGCCGUGGGAGGCAGCGAAACCUAAAAGUUUCUACGCGAGGGACAAUGUUGAGAACUUCACGAGAUGGUGCCGACGUUUCGGAGUCAACGAAAGCGUACUGUUCGAGUCCGACGGGCUUGUGAUGCAUCAAGCCCCCAGAUACGUUCUAUUGGUGUUGCUCGAACUGUGUCGUUUGUGUGCUCAACGCGGGAUCGACUCACCCGCCCUGCACGAGAACCGGCUCCGCGAAAAACAAUUACGGCUAGCAGAAGAGCAGCGUCGACAGAGACUGGAGAGAGAGCAUGAGGUUCUAUUGCGGAAACGGGAAGAGGAAGAAGAGACCGCGCGGAAUGCGGCCGAGCAGCGCCGUUUGCUUGUCGAACAGGAGAAAGGAGCACAGAUCCGCAAACGAGCCGCUCUGGAAGAGGCCGAACGGAUUCGCAAGGCGGAGGAACUGCGGAAUUUGGAAGAGUUGAGGCGAAUUGAGGAGUUGGAGAGAGCCGAGAAGCGAAGGCUCGCGAUGGAGGCGGAAGCUCGGAGACAACUCCAAGAGGAGCUCGAUCGACGAGAGCGGGAACGACUCGAACGAGGUAUAAGCACACCGGUGUGCUUCGCUGAAUCGGUAUCGAUGCCAGGCGUUGAUGAGACCCAUCUGAGCGACAGCACGAACAAGUCGAAAAACAGGAAGAGUCGUCUGCCUGUGCCAACGAAAAAUGGUAGAACUGAGCCUCCGCUGAAGCCGACGAGUGUUCUUGACGAAAAGGUGAACACAAUUGUCAAUAAGGUUCUGCAAGGUGCGAAGCUGCAUCGCCUCGCAGAGGGAAAAUAUCUCAUUAACGGAAGAACUUUCCUUGUUCGGCUCCUCAACGACAGACAGGUCAUGGUUCGUGUCGGCGGGGGCUGGAAAAGUCUCGAGGAAAUGCUCCGACCCCGGGUACUUCGCGUCAGAGGCGAGCAAACUACAACGAAAUCCGCCUCGAAGGUCACGGGCAUCUCGAAGGAGAAUGUCGAGUGCGUGCGAAAAGCUCUCGGUGGCUCUCUCACUUCGGUGGCUUCGUCGGUGUCGAAUUCCAGCCGGCGCAGUAGGAUUCCUGUAGGUGACCGUCCACGUUGGAAUUGAGAAGUCCCGUCCGGAGAGACAGAUGCAGACUUCUGGCUUCUAUGAUGAAUGAUGAAUAAU